AUGAAACGCAGUCGCCUUGAUUUCGAAGCCAAUGGCGAUGCGUCGUCCGCUUCACCUCCCCGAGGUGCUCUGCCGUAUCCUGCGCCGGAGGCUAACUCUCGACGUGAAUCAAUACAUAUACCCAAGAUUUCUCGAAAAAUACGUGCGUGCACCGAAUGCAAAAGGCAUAAAGUCCGCUGUGAUAUGAAGGCAGGGGAAUCGGUCUGCUCCAGAUGUCGGCGCAUGGGCUUGGAAUGUGUCGUAAACAAGAGCCUCCAAACUUUGCUCGACGAUGAAGCAGAAUGGAAGACAACGAUAGAGCUUGCCAUGACCGAUUUGCUCAGAAAGGCACAAUUACCAGAGCUCUCAUACUAUCAAGCCGUUGGCAAAUCAGCAGAAACACCACAUAAGAAGAGCGAUCGACGGGGAUCUACAGUAUCUACAGAAGACAUACAUAUCUCGAGAGGCGAUCUUGGAAGAGAUGCGACCGAUGGUGGUGCCAAAUCAGGAACAGGAGUAUCCCACCCGCCUUCCCUCAUCACCCAGCAACGAUUGCAAACUGCUAUUGACAGGGAAGAAAAACUAUUGGUUACAGCUCCGAUGGGCAGCUUGUAUGAAGUGACCCAGCUGAGUGAUAUUCAAGAAAGUACUCCCGAACGGCAUCAUACUUCGGACCGCGACACUGACCUGAUCUCGCGAGGGACUGUGGAUUUACAAGACGCGGAGGAGUUAUUCUAUUUCUUUGACCAGGUACUCAACCGCUAUCUAUGGGAUGGUAUAGCCCUUGUGCAUAAGGACCUCACAUCAGUCCGAAAUUCUUCUUCAAUGUUGGCUGCAGCCAUCCUCACUGUUACAGCUUUGCAUAUGCCCCAAAAAGAAAGACUUUUUGAUACCUGUUACACUGAAUUCGCGAAAUUGGCAUCAGAGUCAAUGCUUGAUAGACACCAUACCUUGGACGAUUUACGCGCUUUAUGUAUAGGCGCUUUUUGGCUUGCAGAUGUCAGCUGGAAGCUGUCGGGGUAUGCAGUACGUAUUGCAACCGAGCGCAACCUACACCAAUCAUAUAGAAAGGCUACUCAAGGCUCACCUGAGCACCAAGAACAAGCAAGAUUGUGGUACCUUCUCUAUACUCUAGAGCACCAUUUUUCCAUCGCUUAUGGCCGACCACCUAUAAUUCAUGAGGACAAGAGUAUCACCAAUCAUAAUACUUUUACCAUGUCCCCCACAGUAACACAAUCCGACCUGCGUUUGCAUAGCCAGGUGGAUUUGUUUAUCAUCCUUACUCGCAUAUACCAUGCUUUUGGCCCCGACGUCGACCUUGAGGUACCCGAGAACGAGUUUACUACAAUCGACAAAUUUGACGCCGAUCUUGAGGAGUGGCAAUCUGGAUGGCUACCCCGCCUAGCCGGGAGUCGUUAUGUUGGUGCGUACCCCUAUAAAGCUGUCUACCUACACUACCAUUUCUCCCGCCUACAACUCAAUUCUGUUGCAUUGCGGACAUAUCAUUGUUCACUGUCAGCCCGCCCCUUAUCUAACGAGCGAAAAAAACGAGCAAACCUGGCCAUCGAAUCUGCUAUUGGUACUCUAUUGGUCGUUCUGGAUGAACCUGAUAUACAGAGAGCUUUGGUCGGUGUCCCGUUGUAUCUACAUAGCAUGAUCACCUUUGCCGCUGUAUUUCUGUUGAAGAUCGCAGCAAGAAGCUGCUCGAGCUGUAUUCCUAGUCAGCCAGGCAAGCAGAAUUCUAUUGCAUCAGCGGGUCUAUCCAUCGAUAUCGCAUACGUGCGGGCCUUGGUUGGACGGAUUAUUGAGCUGAUGGUGUCCUGCAGUAGGCGAGCUAGCGAGCGUCACCUCAGUCACCACAUAGCCCGUGGCCUGAGAAAAAUGCUUACGGGACUUGAGGAGUGGGAGAAAAGGAACUCUUACAACGGACAGUCCACAGGACAAAGCUUUCGUGACCCUUCUCAGAAUUCUAUGUUCAAACCCAUAAUAAUUCCUGGGGCACAACCACUGGGUGAGCGGGAUACUAUAUUAAACCACCCGCCCCCGCUACUGGGCAUCGCUCCCUUGUCUGCUGAGAGAGGCAGUGGAUUUGAAUCUGCUGCGGCACAAUCGAAGCAACAGCCAGGUCUCUCGGAAGGCUCUGUGGAUCCUAUGAUGGCUGAUCUGUGGGGCUUUGAUGAGGAGUAUUUCCCUACAGGGGUCUUUGACUUCCUUCAGUCCCAAAUGCCCGCCUGA